UUACAUAAACUACAUUUUUUUAAAGUUGCCUGCACAGGUCACAGAGUUCACUGUGGCUGUCCUUGGUCAUCUGUUUGUGAUUGGCACCUGGGCCGGGCCGGGCUAGGCUGUAGCAGUCACGGUGAAUUUCAUUGGGUUCAUAUACUCAUCCCUUUGGGAUUUUUAUUUGGAUAUUAUCUAGACAAAAAGGGUGAUGAGAAGCUAACUGUCUUCCUGAACAAGAGUACAUUAUAUAGAAGGGAAUUGAGGCCUAAUGAAGAAGUCAAUUAGAAGUCUUUACUAAUCACAGAAUGUUCACAUUUCUAAAGUUA